AUGACCAAAACGUGGCUACCGCUCGAAAGCAAUCCCGAUGUGUUGAACGAAUAUCUGAAGAGUUUAGGGUUGACCAACCCAAAGGUGGCAUUCAACGAUGUGUUUGGCCUGGAUGCCGAAUUACUCGCCAUGGUCCCCCGACCGAUUUACGCGAUGAUUCUUUUGUAUCCAUUGUCAGAUGGGAUGGAGUCUGGAGAUGCUGCAGCUUGUCUCAAGCAAAAAUCUGAAAUAGAGCAGUUUAUGACGACAAACAAGUUCUUCUACAGCAAACAGACAAUUUCCAAUGCUUGCGGCACCAUGGCUGUGCUCCACGCUGUUCUCAAUAACACGGAUGUUGUGGGCGACAUGUUGGAGGGAAGCCCAAUUGCUACACUUCUGUGGAGUACGAAGGAUAAAUCCCCCGAGGAAAAUGCAAAACUAAUUGAAUCAGAUUCCCUGCUUGACCAGGCACAUGCAUUGGCGUCAGCAUCAGGUGUUACCGAUAAUCAGCCUCUCGACGCAGAUAUCGACCUUCAUUUUACCUGUUUUGUAAAGAUAGGUGAUCGCUGUGUGGAACUUGACGGAAGAAAGCCUCAUCCACUUCUUCAUGGCCAUUGCGUGGACGAGGAGAGUUUUGUAAAGUCAUGCGUGGAUGCGAUUAAGGAGAAAAUGGGUCGGGACCCACAAUCUCCUCGGUUCAAUAUUAUUGCACUGUGUGAGUCUCGCGAGUGA